CCGAGGACGGUGACAGCCACGCGCGCACGUGCGCGCGCACCCGGAGAUCUCCGUCAGCCGCGGAGAGGCGCGGGGGAUCGGGAUCGGCGUCGCCGCCGCCGUCUAGGGGGCCGGGUCCUGGUGACCUCAGCGUCCCCCAUACCCCGAGUCCCGGAAAGCCGGGCCGGCUCCACCCCGUUGGUCCCGGCUCGCGAUCUCUCCCUUACGGGCCGCCAGGGCGCCAGGGAGGGCCCGCCCCACGACUCCCCUUUUCGGCUCCCAGGGCAGGGUCCUCGCGGCCCAUGCUGGCUGCUGGGGGCCCGCGCCGCCGCCUAGACAGUUCCCGGGCCGGCCGGCCUGCCACCAUGGUGGCCCUGAGGCCUGUGCGGCUGCUCCAGGGGGGCUAACCGUCCCAGAGCGCGGGCCUUGGGGCGCGAGGGUCCCGGGCCUGUGAGCCCCGCGCCAUGGCCGGGGCCAUCGCUUCCCGCAUGAGCUUCAGCUCGCUCAAGAGGAAGCAGCCCAAGACGUUCACCGUGCGGAUCGUCACCAUGGACGCCGAGAUGGAGUUCAAUUGCGAGAUGAAGUGGAAGGGGAAGGACCUGUUUGACCUGGUGUGCCGGACGCUGGGGCUGCGGGAGACCUGGUUCUUCGGGCUGCAGUACACCAUCAAGGACACCGUGGCCUGGCUCAAAACCGACAAGAAGGUGCUGGAUCACGAUGUCUCCAAGGAGGAGCCGGUCACCUUUCACUUCCUGGCCAAGUUCUACCCCGAAAACGCCGAGGAGGAGCUGGUGCAGGAGAUCACGCAGCAUCUGUUCUUCCUGCAGGUGAAGAAGCAGAUCUUGGACGAGAAGAUCUACUGCCCGCCCGAGGCCUCUGUGCUGCUGGCUUCCUACGCCGUCCAGGCCAAGUACGGCGACUACGACCCCUCUGUGCACAAGCGGGGAUUUCUGGCCCAAGAGGAAUUGCUUCCGAAAAGGGUAAUCAAUCUGUAUCAGAUGACUCCGGAAAUGUGGGAGGAGAGGAUCACAGCCUGGUACGCGGAGCACCGAGGCCGGGCCAGGGACGAGGCGGAGAUGGAGUAUUUGAAGAUCGCGCAGGACCUGGAGAUGUAUGGCGUGAACUACUUCGCCAUCCGGAACAAGAAGGGCACGGAGCUGCUGCUCGGCGUGGAUGCGCUGGGGCUUCACAUCUACGACCCCGAGAACAGGCUGACCCCCAAGAUCUCCUUCCCGUGGAACGAGAUCCGAAACAUCUCCUACAGCGACAAGGAGUUUACCAUCAAACCGUUGGAUAAGAAAAUCGACGUCUUUAAGUUUAACUCCUCAAAGCUCCGUGUUAAUAAGCUGAUCCUGCAGCUGUGCAUCGGGAACCAUGACCUCUUCAUGAGGAGGAGGAAGGCCGACUCUUUGGAAGUCCAGCAGAUGAAAGCCCAGGCCCGGGAGGAGAAAGCCAGGAAGCAGAUGGAGCGGCAGCGCCUCGCCCGAGAGAAGCAGAUGCGGGAGGAGGCCGAGCGCACCCGGGACGAGCUGGAGCGGCGGCUGCUGCAGAUGAAGGAGGAGGCGACCAUGGCCAACGAGGCGCUGAUGCGGUCGGAGGAGACGGCCGACCUGCUGGCGGAGAAGGCCCAGAUCACCGAGGAGGAGGCGAAGCUGCUGGCCCAGAAGGCUGCCGAGGCUGAGCAGGAGAUGCAGCGCAUCAAGGCCACGGCCAUCCGCACGGAGGAGGAGAAGCGGGUGAUGGAGCAGAAGGUGCUGGAGGCCGAGGUGCUGGCGCUGAAGAUGGCUGAGGAGUCCGAGAGGAGGGCCAAGGAGGCUGAUCAGCUGAAGCAGGACCUGCAGGAGGCCCGAGAGGCGGAGCGAAGAGCCAAGCAAAAGCUCCAGGAAAUCACCAAGCCCACGUACCCGCCCAUCAACCCACUUCCAGCGCCACUGCCCCCCGACAUGUCAAGCUUCAGCCUCAUCGGUGACAGCCUGUCUUUCGACUUCAAGGACACUGACAUGAAGCGGCUUUCCAUGGAAAUAGAGAAAGAAAAAGUGGAGUACAUGGAGAAGAGCAAGCACCUGCAGGAGCAGCUCAACGAGCUCAAGACGGAGAUCGAGGCCCUGAAACUCAAAGAGAGGGAGACGGCCCUGGACAUCCUGCACAACGAGAACGCCGACCGCGGCGGCACCAGCAGCAAGCACAACACCAUCAAGAAGCCUCAAGCCCAAGGCAGAAGACCUAUCUGCAUUUGAGCCUCCAAGUAGGCUGUCCGCAGCUCACCCUGCAGAGCGCCAAGUCCCGCGUGGCCUUCUUCGAGGAGCUGUAGGGGCCCGCGCCCCGGGAUCCACUGCCGCCGCCGCCUCUGCCGCUGCUCCCGGCCCAGCCCACGGCCUGCCGCCCGGAGCCGGAGCCGCCCGGAGCCAGAGCCGCCCGGAGCUGGAGCCGCCCGGAGCCGGAGCCGGAGCCGCCCGGAGCCGGAGCCGGGCUGGGGCCUCCUCCCCUGUCUCGUGUGCAAUGGCCUGGACUGUGACCUGCGGGGGUCCCUCCCACGGGGCCGGUUCGCCCCCCUAAGUCUUUGAAUGUCUUUCCUGGUCUCAGUGUGUGUGACCCCAAUUCCUGCAUCAGGGGCCCCGGGGGGAGGGGGAGGGGGGAGGGGGGAGGGGUCCCUGCCCGUGCUGCCCGGCCCGGCCCGGCCCUGCUGGGAAGUGGGUGAAGGGCGUGAGGUGCGCAGGCCCCUGGAGGCCAGGAGGCUGCUGCCUCCCCCCCCCCCUCCCCGCUUUCCAGAACGCUCCUCUCCUCCCGCCGAGGAGCGGCCUGCCCCGGCUUGCCCACAGCCAGGACGAGCCGAGUGAUGGGUCCUCAGCCGCCCUGCGAGGCGGCGCCCUGGCUGCCAGGGGAGGGGGGCACGGCCACCGUGCCUGGGGAAGACUCGGUGUGGGAACCUGCCCCAUACACUCCACCCGCUGCCUCCUCUGCCCUCCCAAACCAGGUCCCAGGGGCAGGCGGGGGCUCGGGUCCUUUUCACCCCCUUUGGCCUCAGCCCCUUCCACGCUCUGGCCGACACCGGGUGCCCCGCCAUGACUGGGGUCCCCCAGAAGGCUCGGAGGCCCCGCACACUGCUCAGUGGCCCAGACUCUGAGCUCCGCUGGCCCAGCCUGCCAGCAGGUCCCUCCCAGCCCAUCGCUGUGCCCGGGCCCUUUAUUUCCUCUUCCCCUGUGGGCCCUUCGGGGUCCCUGUGCUCCGCCAGGGCGAGCCGGCACUGACCACCCGCACAGGCUGGCAGCGGGCACAGACCACCCGGGCCUACCUGGCUCCCUGGUUUGGGGCCACUUUUGUGCCCUUUCGUUUCUCCAUCCCUUGGUGCUGCUGCUGCUGCUGUGACCCACGGGGCGGGCGGGCCCUCCCGGGGGCUGUUGGGCAGAGCAGGUGGCAGCCUUGGCCAGGGCACAGGCAUCUGCUAGCGGCCGCGGGCCCCGUGGUCUCCCACACGCCCGUGGCAUCUGAGACACCGGGCAGCCCGCCCAGCCUGCUCCCCACAGUCAGGCCGGCCCCACAGUGCCCCCGGCUGGAUGCCACCUUCUCGGCCCCCUGCCCCAGGAAGCCAGCCCCCGUCUUACCGCCCUCAGGACACCGGGUGGGACUCGGCGUCCGCGCACGUCUGAGGGGAGGCCUGGCUCUUGCGUGAGGCUCUCCUCCGGCUCAGCCCCCGCCCCUGCCUUCCCAGGAGUCCCUGCCCUCCUCACCUGUGACCUCAUCCCUCCACGCCCCCGCCCCUGCCUUCCCAGGAGUCCCUGCCCUCCUCACCCGUGACCUCAUCCCUCCACGUGGCGGGGCACAGAGCAGGACGGAGGUCCAUAAAGACACCAGGCUUUUAUCACUGUCCGAAGCCUGGGCCGGGCCCAGCCCUGCGGCCCCCGGGGAGCCGGGCCGGUGUCUGGGCUGUGGCUCGGGGAGCAGCUGGGCCAGGAGCGCCCGGGCCGUCCUCGGGGCGAGCUGGUGGGCCCCUCGCAGACGGCCGGGCGGAGGGGUGGCGGCCGCGGGAAAGCCAGAGCCCCCGGGGAAGGAGCGGGCGGAGAGCGGGGCUGGGCGCCCCCAGGAAGGAGCCCGACUCCCACGGAGAGCAGGCCCGGCCUGGUGACCGGGCCGCCACCCCGCUGUGCCACGCAGCCCACCGGUGCCCCGAGGCCUCACCCGCCACGGCUCCAUUAUUCCCGCCCGCCAGGCCCGGCUGGACAGCGCCCGGGGCACACGUGGCACUCCUUCGGUGGCUGUGUUUUGUGGUCUGGGGGGCAGGCCUCUCUCUCUCUCUCUCUCCCAAAUCAAACGGCAAGCCCGGAGGCCGAUGACCAUGGGCGUGACGCUGUGCUGCUCGCCCCUGGGGCUGGAGCCUCACUGCCCUGGACCAGGCCGAGGGGAAGCCCACCCCUUUUCACAGACGCCAGACCCCGGAAGACUCUUCUGUGUUUGGGAGACUAAUUUAAAUGAUUGUUUUAAUAAAAAUUCUAAGCUGCCUCAC